CAACCUACAAUCUAGUACAUCAAUCAUCAUUAGUUACAAGCUUUAUUGGUCGAUAGUCAUGAAUAAAAAAAAUCGCUGCGGAAUUAGCUCUUCUUGAUUGAAAAAGGCUUUCAACUUUUGGAAGGAUACAAACUUCUACAUAUAUCAACUCGAGUAUGAUCUAUUGCUAUUGCAGCAUCAGAAUCUACUACAACUCCUUCAUGACAUUGUCAAGCAUGAAAAUGGUCACCUACUUUUUUUUUGGAUUCGGCCUGGGGAGAAGUCUUCUUGUAGACGCCAUCACAGUUUCACGCUUCUCGGUAACAACUUCCUGACCUGCUAAACGGCUCAAGUUAACUCCUCAACAAGAUCAUGAUGAGCAAGGCACCACAGCAGGCGAGCGUGGCGCAGCUGGAAGUCAAGCUCAAGGCACCACAGCAGGUGUUGGAGGUGCACCAGCUGGAAGUAUACAGCCGCGAUUAUCGUUUUUGUUGUCGAAUAACUAAGAUGAGUUACAAGCGGAGGAGGUACAACCGUCAACAUUAUUCGUCUCGUCGAAGAACGUCAAAUUGAGGACCUGAAGGUAUUGGCUAUGCAGCUUGUAUUGUGGAGGUAUUGAAACCACGAGCAAAGGGGACAGCAUGGUUACAAAUCUCAGAUUCCGGAAUUCAAGGUCGAAAAAGUCAAGAAAUUGGUUCCAGACGGUUCAGAAGAGCGGACCUUCCUAAAUUAAGACUAGUACCUCUAAUCCUAAUGCAUGAACAUGAUGAAUGUCCUUGUUUGAGCUUUACAGCAUGCAUGAUCCUUGGUUCUUGUUCCCUGUUGUUAUUGUUUUCAAGGGGUAGAAGAUGAAGGAGGAUAUAAUGACUGUCCCCAAGGAAGAUGCGACGACGAGAUCGUCUAAGUCUUCUAACUAAACUUCUUCAGAUACAACGGGAGAAUCAAUUGUCCUCGUACACUGAACCGAUUUCAAGAGGCCUGGAAGAAAAAUAUGCCAUCUUUUUGGAACGAGAUACCUUGGUGUGGGGGCAAUUUGGCUUUGUGGCAUGAAAAAAACUAUCUAGGCCUAGAAUUGAAUCAGAAAGACGCUGCGAAAGUGUUUACGAAACCAAUUUGGCUCAUAUUCGAAAAUUGGGAGGAGUCUGAGUAUUGUUUUGCACAACAGGGCCCUCUGGGACGAGGCCUCCGUUUUCCUAAAAAUGCCUCUUCGAGCCUCAUACAUACCAGGCCUACUCUUUUCUUCACCUCAUCUUCUUGGCAAUAAAGCUCUGCGGAAAUACUUCUACACGAAUGGAAGUUCUUAUCCGAUUUCAGUACCAUAAGCGCAGAGUACAUCCCCACUCCAAUCGAUGAUGCAGACUUCAGCAUCAGGACAGAAAGCAAGGUUUGUAGCCAACGUCCUAAAAAAGCCGCCAGAGCAGUGGUUUCCCCGUGGGAAGUCUAUCCGUAGUCGGGAAACUCUUGACAACUACCCUUCGGAAUUCCUGAACCGAAACCGUGAAAGAGAGUUUACUCAUCGAUGGCGUGAACUGAUUCAUCCAGGAUUUUAUUAAAAUAGUCACCACCGGCACCGUCAAGGAGUGGGCUAUUAAAAAGAAUAUACGUUUUCCACGCAUGACGUCCCCACAUCUCUGUGAACAGGAAAAAGAAUUCCCGCGGAAACGCGUCUGCUUCUCGUAUAGAAAUAGGAAACGGGCUGCUUGGGGGAAUAAUAGGUUAUGGGUGCAGCCGGACCUUCCUCCUUGGUGUGAACCACCUAUGGGUGAAGGUGAGAUACGAAAAGCUGACUUCCCUUCAUCUGAUGUCCAAGAUGAGGAGGUGGCAUUGGAACUGCGUCUCUGCUAUAGAAUCAAUAUGGCUUUGACCAACACCAAGUUUCCGACAACGACAAGGGCAGGCUCUUCUUCUAGCUCGUCCUCAUCUAGUUUUUCUUCGACGACGAGUACGACAGAGCUGCAACGAGAAGGAGAACGACAGCAAGAAGAUAUUACAACUAAUACUGGUGGAGCUGGAGAAGUAGUUCCAAUUCCUACGACAGAAGCAGAAGAACAACAUCCACAACAACAAGUAGAAGAUCAUGACCGACAACAAGUGCAAGCAGAUGAUCUGGGUAUGAUAUCACAUCUUCACAUAUAGUCUCAUCUGGUGGAGGAAGACUGGAGAAUUUCACCAUUGAAGUUUUUGAUCUCAAAUUCUAUCUGAUAUUAUCUUCUCGCACAGUACUGAACGAUAUGAUGUUCUUGCACAAGUAAACUGAUAUUAUGUUCUUGCACAGUACGUAACGACCGAAACGAAAGUUGUGAAGCAGAGUUGGCAAGAAAAAUAACGAUACGGAUACCUGCCAUGAUAGAUGAAACAUACUAGAUUAUAAAUAUAGAUUGAUAUCAUGCUUAUGCUUUUGUAUACCAGAACAGAGUAUUAGAUUUCUAGCGGUGAACAAAUAUAUGUGCUGGUAUGGUGGAGGUAUUUGAUAGGCAGCCCUUAGCAGCGUUUGUUUUGGCAUGAUUGGUGUUUUCUAGAAAAUAUCCUUGUGGGGAAAAUAUGAAUAUCUUCCCAAAGUGCUGACAUAGGCACUAAUAUCACAACUACCUCCCUGACCUCCAGG